AUGGUUCGCAACAUCGUCGUCCUCGGCGGGAACUCUCACCCGAACCUGGUCGAGAGCGUGUGCAACAUCCUGGGCAUUCCGCCGUGUGCCCGCACUCUCUCUCGCUUCGAAGUCGGCGAGAGCCGCUGCGAGAUCAAGGACUCGGUCCGUGGCAAGGAUGUCUACAUCAUCCAGUCUUGCGGUGGUGACGUCAACGACCACUUCAUCGACCUCUGCAUCAUGAUCUCGGCCUGCAAGACAGGCUCUGCCAGACGGAUCGUCGCCGUGCUCCCGCUCUUCCCCUACUCCCGUCAGCCCGAUAUACCGUACAACAAGCCGAUCGCAGCCAAGAGUGUGCCUGCGACUCCCGGCCCCAACGUACCGGUCAGUGCAACGCUCACGGCCCAGUCCGAUCUCACCACGGCUCUCGCCAUUAAUGGGCACAGCGAAAACGGCACCGCCGCCGGCUCUUCCUCGCGCAGCCACACCGGCUCCGUCUCGUCGUCGCAAGCUGCGGCUGUGCCGCCCUUCACUACACACGACUAUGACAAUUACGCUACCGUCAGCCAGUUUCAGGCGAAGCCUGGCUACAAGCAAUGGGUUGCCCAGGCCGGCAUCCUCGUGGCCAACCUGCUGACGUGUGCCGGCGCAAACCACAUCAUCACCAUGGACCUCCACGAUCCGCAGUACCAGGGCUUUUUCGACGUUCCCGUCGACAACCUGUACAGCAAGUCGCUGCUGCAGCGGUAUAUCCAACAGCAGAUCCCGGACUACCGGGACGCUGUCAUUGUCAGCCCGGACGCCGGAGGCGCCAAGCGUGCCACGGCCAUUGCUGACAGCCUUGGCAUGGAUUUUGCCCUCAUCCACAAGGAGCGGCGACCGAUCAAGAUCACUGACCGCCAGAGCUCGACCAUGAUGCUCGUGGGCAAUGUGACUGGACGCGUGUGCAUUCUCGUCGACGACUUGGCCGACACGGCGAACACGAUAACACGAGCGGCCAAGCUGUUGAAACGCGAGGGCGCCACGUACUGUUACGCGCUGCUCACGCAUGGCAUCCUCAACGGUGACGCCAUCGCGCGCAUCAACGCCUCGGUGAUUGACAAGAUCGUCUCGACAAACUCUGUUCCGCAGACCCAGCACCGCGCGCUCUGCUCCAAGCUGGACGUCUUGGACAUUGCACCGAUAUUCGCAGAAGCCAUCCGCCGCGUCCACCACGGCGAGUCUAUUUCUGUCCUCUUUCAGCACAACUAG